CAAAGAUAGGUUACAGAACAGCUCCAGCUCCCUAAAACUCUUCGUCUUACAUUCUCUUGUGUGCCUACAUAUUCACACCGCACACCUGGGAUGAUGGAGCGCUGGCCAUUCUGGCCCACUCUGGUUCUUGUCUGCUUUUUAACGCUGUGGCAUGAUGGUGAGGCAGAGCCAACAUUCACCAUUGACUGGGUGAAGCUGACCCUCCUUCCAAAAACCACGGUGGAGAGUGGCAGCAGCUUGACCCUCCGCUGUGAAGUGAAGGUCAGCCACAGUUCCUCACAGCUCGUGCACACUCUGAAGUUCCUGAUGGAUGGGACAGUGAUCUACUCCAAAAACACCAGUGAAGCUGUGGUGGAGUACAGCCUAGUCCCAGCCAGAGCUUCCCACUCAGGUCUUUACAAAUGUGAGGUCCAAAUCUUCAAAAAGGAGAAGAGCAGCGAGACACAGAGACUCACUGUAACAGGCCUGCAGACUCCACAGCUGAAAGUACAGCCCAACAUUGUGAAUGAGGGUGAUGAAGUUGUGGCCACAUGCAGUGCUCCAGAGGAGACCGGUGGUCUGCACGUCUUCUUCUACAAGGACAACCAAGAGCUCCAGCUUGUCCGUAGCAAAGACAAUUCAGCGACCCUUAAUGUAAAGGUUCAGGAAUCAGGAAACACCUCCCUUCACUGUAACUACAUGCUUAUGCUGCAUCCUAUUGCAGGCAAAUCCAGCAACAGCAACACUGUGAACAUCAUUGUGCAAGAACUUGAGAUAACACCGUCAAUAAGAAUUGUCCCUAAAGCAGUUGUUGUGGAGGGAGACCGGGUGCACAUUAUCUGCAAUGUUUCAGAUCACUCCCAAAGUGGCCUUGAAGUGUUCCUGACCAAAGACACUGUGUUACAUAAAGGUCAUCGGUCAUUCAGUCACAGCUUUGUGGUAACAACAAAUGACACUGGAGAAUAUGUAUGUAAAACUGAAAAGGGCAACGUUCAGAAGAGCUCCAAAGCCCAGCUGCAGGUAGCAGAGUUGUUUUCAAGACCUAUUCUAAGCAUGACUCCAAAGUACGUGUUCGAGGGACAAGAUUUCAACCUGAGCUGUAGGAGUUUUAGUACCUCUCAAACACAAAUCAUAAAUAUGAAGUACAGUCUAUACAAAGACAAGAAACAUCUAAUUGACGGACAAGUCUUCAGCACUUUAGCAAGCACAACCAGUAGUGGAAAUUACUACUGUCAGGUUGAAGCUAAGGGCAUCACCAAAGUCAGCAUGCCAUUGGAUAUUAAUGUUAAAGUGCCUGUUUCAACUCCAAUCAUUCACACAGUUGGAAAGAUGAUCAUAGGGCAGCCAUUUCAGCUCCUGUGUGAGAGUAAACAAGGAACGUUCCCUAUCACCUACACCUUGCUGAAGUUCGAGAAGCCAGUGGCACAUAUGACAGUGACUGGUCCUCAGCGUAGUGCUUUAUUCAACGCCUCCAUCAAUUACAGAAAUGAAAGCCAUGGCUUCAAGUGCCUGGCCGAGAACCAGGGGCCACGCUACAGAAAACAUAGUUUACCUCUCAACACACCAGUCAUAGAAACUGUGUCCACACCAAUCUUGACUCUUAACACUAAGGGCCACAUGGUCACCGAAGGUGUGAAUCUCGCUCUCUACUGUAGCGUGCAGAAAGGAACAGUCCCAAUUACCUUCACCUGGUACCGUAAAGGAGUUGUGAAGCCACUGAACACCACAAAAAGUAGCAAAACACGAGAAUUUCACAUCAUCAAGUCCAUAACCCGCGAUCACGAAGGAACCUACUUCUGCCAGGCCUCCAAUGAUGCUAAUGUGACAAGGGGGAGUCUUCCUGUCCCUAUCAGAGUGAACUUAGCAGGCUGGAAGAAGGCUCUCAUUGGUGUGUCCUGUGUCUUUCUUUUGGUGCUCAUUGUCAUCAUUCUUGUCAUUUUCCUCAAGAAAGCACAUACUCCACAGAAAAGAAAAAGAGCAGUUGAGUUGUCUGUAAAGCCUGCACAUACUAAAUCCAAUGAUCCCAUGAGGGUGAGUCUGACACUCGACAUCGAGGACAAUACUGCAGGCAAUGCUACUCCUGGUAUCAUGGGCCGGAAUGUGUGGAGUGACCAUGUAUCAAGCUCAGAAUCUGAUGAAGAGAGCAAGAAUGAAGAGUCUGAGAAGUCUCAAAAUGCUGACGAGCUGCCCCUACAGAAUGUGGACUCUGGAGGAGAGCUUGUUAUGCACGAUACAGACACAGUGAAAGGUGACUUCCAGGAUAUCACACAAGCAGACUGGAACAGUGAACUGGAACCUGAGUAGACUUCCUCUUCACUAGACACACCACAUGUAAUUCACAUGUAAUUUAUUCGGCUUCCACUCCAGCUCCACCUGCCUGCCAGUGAGGAGACCCUGCUGUUGCGUAUUGUAUACAUCCUAUGCCAUUUCAUCAGGCAGGAUUAUUUUUGUAUAUGGUGUGAAUUAGUGGUUGUACAAAUCAUUGUGUUGUGAAUUGUACAACCACUAAUUCACACCACCUGAUGAAAUGGCAGGGUUAUUUUUGUAUAUGGUGUGAAUUAGUGGUUGUACAAAUCAUUGUGUUGUGAUGUGACACAGUUGUAUGGCUGAGAAUAAAGGCUGUGCUUUAAUUAAGA